GUACUUCCGUUAAGACAGUUAAAAAAUUUUAUUCCUUAAUACACCCAUGAAUGUGUUUCAGCUUGGGAGUUUGCUUUGAAGACGUAUACAGGAAGUGGAGUUGGUGCUGUGUCUUGUUGGAGUCGUGUGUUCUGUGUAUUCCAAAGCGCCAAGCGAGCAACUUUCAUUGGACAGCAUGGACGCCAUGUUUACGUCUGGUAUCUGGGUUUAAUAAUGCAUCUAUGAUUCAUUCCGUCAUUGUCAAGAAGAGCUCGUAAGUUUACACAGAGCAACAAUAACAGGACCGAGCGUGAGCUGCUGCUUUGUUGGUGCGUCUGCUUCACAUGGCGGAAGUGAGCCAAGCCGGUGUUAGUGAUGAUCCUGAUGGCGGGAAUGCAAAGUUCAAGAAAAGCAGUCAUGUUGCUUUUUACAGGCGACAGAUGCAGGGUCCAAACUUGCAGCACCGAGCCCUUUUGGACACCCUGGUGCUCACCGAGAAGGGCGCACACUUUGAACUGCUGGAGUCUGAUAAACAGACCAGACUGCUUCUUUCUUUGUCUCCUUGUAAAAAUGACACUGUAAGGAUACUAAUUGAUGAACUCCAGCCCAUUAAAGCGCGCUACCGAGUUCCAGAUGUGGUAACGGCGGAGCCUCAGUGUGAACAGUUGAGAGUGGAGACACGGACUAAGAACUCUGUCACCCUUUCUUGGCCUCCAGGACGUCACCAGGUCCGUGUGUGGCACUUUCCUUUCCAACUGGAGAUCCUGUGUGAAAACGAAGUGAUAGUUACGUUCAACUCUAAAGGCAAACUGUGGUUUGAGGCAAUACAGGAACCACCCAGGGUCACCUCUCAUGGCAGUGAGCAACAGCUUCAACAGGACGACACAAGUUUAUUAUGGAGAGAGACCUUCAAACAGUUUGUGGAUGUCAAAGCGAAUGGUCCCAGUAGCAUAGGGGCAGACCUCUGUCUCCACGGGUUCAGUCAUGUGUAUGGCCUACCAGAGCACGCCGACAGCCUGCAGCUCAAAGACACCAGGGAUGGUGAACCUUAUCGGCUGUAUAACUUGGAUGUGUUUGGCUAUGAAUUGUACAGUCGCCUCGGCCUGUAUGGGUCUGUACCGCUGUUGGUGGCCCACAAGCCCGACAGGACUCUGGGUGUAUUUUGGCUGAAUGCAUCUGAGACCUUUGUGAACAUACAUUACAGUCUCACUGACCAUCAGGCACACCUAGCGAAGAGGCCGCGGCAGCAGCCUCUGACUGAUGUUCACUGGCUGUCAGAGAGCGGCGUGAUCGACUGCAUGGUUUUGCUUGGGCCCAGUCCACAGCAGCUCUUCAGCCAGUAUGCUCAGCUGACAGGUUAUCAGGCUCUGCCCCCUCUGUUUGCACUCGGGUACCACCAGUGCCGCUGGAACUAUAAUGACGAAGCUGAUGUGAAGGCUGUGGACGCUGGAUUUGAUCACCACAACAUCCCUUACGAUGUCAUCUGGCUGGACAUUGAGCACACAGAUGGGAAGCGUUAUUUCACCUGGGACCCUGUUCAUUUCCCUGAACCAGAAAACCUGCAGCAGCACCUGGAGAAGAAGAAACGGAAGUUGGUUGUCAUAAGCGAUCCUCACAUCAAAGUUGAUCCAAAUUGGUCCCUGUACUGUGAGGCCAGAGAUGGUGGACAUUUUGUCAAGGACAGAGAGGGACAGUUAUACCAGGGCUCAUGCUGGCCCGGUAAGUCAUCGUACCUUGAUUUCAGCAGUCCAGCCACUCGAGCGUGGUACUCCAGAUGCUUUGGCCUGAAUAAAUACAAAGGAUCGACACCAUCGUUAUUUGUGUGGAACGACAUGAACGAGCCAUCUGUGUUUUACGGGCCAGAGCAGACUAUGCCAAAGGACGUGGUGCAUUAUGGGGGCUGGGAGCACCGGGAAGUACACAACCUGUAUGGUUUUCACCAGCACAUGGCCACAGCGGAGGGUCUGAUAACCCGCUCCGGGGGCUCAGAGAGACCUUUUGUUCUGACACGCUCCUUCUUUGCUGGCUCACAGAGACUUGGAGCAGUAUGGACGGGCGACAAUGUAGCCACUUGGGAGUACCUGAAGAUCUCGAUCCCAAUGCUUUUGUCUCUAAGUGUAACAGGCAUAGUAUUUUGUGGAGCGGAUGUUGGUGGGUUUGCUCAGGAUCCAGGGCCAGAGCUGCUGGUGCGCUGGUACCAGGCAGCCGCCCUGCAGCCUUUUUUCCGCGGCCACUCUGCGAAGACGACAAAGCGUCGGGAACCCUGGGUGUUUGGGGAGGUGGUCACUGCUGCAAUCCGCACUGCAAUCCAGCAGAGGUACUGCUUGCUGCCCUACUGGUACACACUGUUCUACCAGGCUCACACCUGUGGCCUGCCUCCGCUCAGACCUCUGUGGGUGGAGUUCCCGAAAGAACAGAGCACCCUCUCUGUGGACAGCCAGUAUAUGAUUGGAAGAGCACUGCUUGCCUGUCCUGUAACUGAGCCUGGUGUUCAGGAAGUCGAAGUCUUACUCCCUGGAAGUGAUGAGACUUGGUAUGACAUCCACUCUGCAGAGGCAUACAAAGGAGGCAGGACUCUGAGUCUUCCAGUUACCCUGGACACACUUCCUGUGUUUCAGCGUGCAGGUUCAGUGGUUUUCAGAUCAACAGGAAGCGGCUCCUGCACAGCUGAGCUGCAGCGGCUCCCCCUCACCAUCACUGUGGGUCUAAACUCUCAGGGUGCUGCUGAUGGUGACUUGUACUUGGAUGAUGGCCACUCCUUCAACUAUCGUGACAGAAAAGCCUUCUGUGUUCGCCGGUUCAACAUGCUGUCAGGCCGUCUGCUCUGCCGUCCUGCCAGUGAUGAAGGAACAUUUGCAUGUGAUACUGUCAUACAGUCGGUCAUCAUCCUGGGGCUCAAGCUCAAACCGUCCAAGGUGGUUGUGCAUGUAUCAGGCACUAAGGACACCUCUGCUGCAUUUCAGUACACGGGGUCCUGCAGCAUGCUGACAGUGAGAAGCUUGAACCUGAGAGUGGCACAGGACUGGGACUUACAGAUCAUUUAAGAAUGACUGUGUGUUGAGUGACCGAUUCUCCCUCUUCUGGAUUUCCUUUUCCACAUAGAAGAGAUUAAUGUAGUCUCAGGUACAAGUCAUCAGAAUCACUGGUUGACAAACUGCUGGAGUAAAAACACAGGAACAACUGGUUGAUGCUGGUCACUGCCCACAGUGACAUGUUGAGAUAACAAAUGCUGCAAGUUUCUAAAAAGCUGAAAAGGGGGCUACACUCACUCCUCGCUUCUGUUUUAACUAUUUACCCAUUUGAUUUUUGAACAUAAAGAAGAAUCUAAGACGAUCCCUCCAUUGACGUCUGUUUCAUGAAGUACUGUACUUUUUAAAAUCAUGUCUGCAUAUAUAAUCACAAACAUUUUUAACUUGUGAACAUGAAUAUAUGAGUACUGAAUAAUCAUUUUGAAUGCAACAUUGAUUUUAAAGCAAUGGAGUGAAAGUUUCCUCUCCUCAAUAAAUUGCACCUUUUUAUGCUG